UAAGUGCAGAAUCGUCUUUGGCUGCAUGGGUUCUCCUCACAUCCCUGAGAUCAAUAUUAUUUCCUGUGAUUUCCUUAUACACUCUAGCUAGGGUUAUAUAAUUCUGUCAAAAAAGCCCCAAAAGUAAAACAAACUCUGAAAUUUCCACCACUGAGAGCUCAAUUCUUUUAUUAAUUUGACGGCGUAGUGAUCCAACCGAAGAAUAUCUAACAGAUAUGGCUCGUCACAGAGACGACGACGACGAGGAAUUUGACGGCGAAGAUGAAGAAUACAGAGAGAAAAUGGACGACUUAGAAACAGAGGAAGAAUUGGAAGAAGAUACUAGAGGACCGAAGAAGAAGAAGAAGAAGAAGAGAAGAAGAUCAGAUUUUAUUGAUGAUUCUGGCGAAGAAGACGAAGAUGACGAGGACGAAGAUUAUGGCGGCAGUGGCAGGGGAAAGAAAGCCAAAAAAAGGUCUGGUUCGGAGUUUUUUGACCUGGAAGCUGUGGUUGAUAGUGAUGAUGACGAGGAAGAAGAGGAGGAUGCCGAUGAUGAUUUUAUUGUUGAUAAUGGAGCUGAUCUACCUAAUGAAGAUGAUGGUAGAAGGGUUCAUCGUAGGCCAUUGCUUCCGCGGGAGGAUGAGCAAGAAGAUGUGGAAGCUCUAGAGAGACGUAUUCAAGCAAGGUACGCAAGGUCAAGUCACACAGAAUAUGACGAAGAAACAUCAGAGGUGGAGCAACAAGCUCUUUUGCCAUCUGUUCGGGAUCCUAAAUUAUGGAUGGUGAAAUGUGCGACUGGUUGUGCACGAGAGACAGCUGUUUGCCUUAUGCAAAAGUACAUUGAUAAAGGAGCUGAGUUGCAAAUCCGUUCUGCUAUUGCUCUUGAUGAUCAGAACUAUAUCUAUAUUGAAGCACACAAGGAGGCCCAUGUGAGGGAGGCAUGCAAAGGUCUGCGUAACUUAUAUGCGCAGAAAAUAAUGCUGGUCCCAAUUAAAGAAAUGGCUGAUGUUCUUUCAGUUAAAAGCAAGGCACUAGAUAUUUCAAUGGAUUCCUGGGUUAGAAUGAAGAUUGGAACAUACAAAGGAGACCUUGCUAAAGUAGUACAGAAGGAUGAUGUACGACAGAGAAUUAAAGUGAAGUUAAUUCCAAGGAUCGACUUACAGGCUCUUGCAAAUAAACUGGAGGGCAGAGAGGUUGCCAAAAAGAAGGCUUUUGUCCCCCCGCCACGGUUUAUGAAUGUAGAUGAAGCUAGAGAACUACAUAUUCGUGUGGAACGAAAAAAGGACUCUAUGAGUGGUGAUUAUUUUGACUACAUUGGUGGGAUGAUGUUUAAAGACGGGUUCUUGCAUAAAACAGUGUCGAUAAAAUCAAUUAGUGUUCAGAACAUUAUACCAACUUUUGAUGAACUUGAAAAAUUUCAAAAGCCUGGGGAGAAUGAUGGUGAUAUUGUCGGUUUGUCAACCAUAUUUGCAAACAAAAAGAAGUGCCACUUUGUCAAGGGUGAUGCAGUUAUUAUUGUCAAGGGAGAUUUGAAAAAUCUUAAGGGAUGGGUGGAGAAAGUUGAUGAAGAGAAUGUUCAUAUUAGACCUGAAAUGAAGGACCUUGCGAGAACUAUUGCGGUCGAUGAGAAGGCGCUUUGCAAGUAUUUUGAACCAGGUAAUCAUGUGAAGGUUGUAUUUGGCACCCAGGAGGGUGCAACUGGCAUGGUUAUUAAGGUUGAGCAGCAUGUUCUCAUCAUUUUGUCGGAUACGACCAAGGAACAUAUCCGUGUUUUUGCAAAUGAUGUUGUGGAAAGCUCUGAAGUGACCACUGGCAUCACGAAACUUGGGGAAUAUGAGCUUCAUGAUCUUGUGCAGUUGGAUAAUAAUAGCUUUGGUGUUAUAAUACGUGUAGAAAGUGAAGCCUUUCAGGUUCUCAAGGGAGUACCGGAAAGAUCUGAGGUCGCUCUUGUUAAGUUGAGAGAGAUUAAAUGCAAGAAUGAGAAGAAAUUUAAUGUGCAAGAUCGGUACAGAAAUACUAUAUCAGUGAAGGACUCUGUUAAAAUAAAUGAUGGUCCUUACAAAGGGAAACAAGGUACUGUAGAACACAUAUUCAAAGGAAUCUUGUUCAUCUACGACCGCCUUCACCUUGAACAUGCCGGAUAUAUAUGUGCUAAAUCCCAUGCAUGUGCUGUUGUUGGAGGAACACGAUCCAGUGGCGAUGGAAAUAGGGAUUCCUACUCAGGCUUUGGCAAUCUUAAACCUUCCCCUCGUGUAACCCCAUCACCAAGGAGAUUUCCAAGAGGAGGUCCUCCAUUUGAGUCUGGAGGAAGAAACUGGGGUGGAAGAGGAGGGCGUGAUGGUCUGGUGGGUACAACAGUGAAGAUACGCCUGGGUCCUUACAAGGGUUACCGUGGGCGAGUUGUAGAUAUCAAAGGCCAGUCUGUUCGAGUAGAGUUGGAAUCUCAAAUGAAAGUUGUCUUAGUUGAUCGAAGUGAUGUUUCUGACAAUGUGGCUGUAUCUACACCACAUCGUGACUCAUCUCGGUAUGGUAUGGGAAGUGAAACUCCAAUGCAUCCUUCUCGGACUCCAUUGCUCCCGCACAUGACUCCAAUGAGAGACGCUGGAGCAACACCUAUUCAUGAUGGCAUGAGAACGCCAAUGCGUGACCGAGCAUGGAAUCCUUACGCUCCAAUGAGUCCACCAAGGGAUAAUUGGGAAGAUGGAAAUCCUGGUUCAUGGGGAACAAGUCCACAGUUUCAGUCAGAAAGUCCUCCUUCUCGGGCAUACGAAGCUCCAACUCCUGGUGGUAGUUACAUUGAUGCUGGGACACCAAGGGAUAGCAGUUCGGCUUAUGCCACUGCUCCAAGUCCAUAUUUGUCGUCAACUCCUGGUGGGCAGCCUAUGACUCCUAGUUCUGUAGCUUACCUCCCUGGUACUCCUGGAGGGCAGCCAAUGACGCCAGGAACUGGCAGUCUUGAUCUCAUGUCUCCUGUUAUAGGAGAGGACAAUAUAGGACCACAGUUCAUGCCAGACAUAUUGGUUAAUGUUCGAAAAUCCAGCAAUGACUCUGCUAUUGGUGUUAUUAGGGAGGUUUUUGGGGAUGGGUCGUUUAAGAUAGUCCUCGGGGCAAAUGGCAACGGCGAGACAAUCACAGCAUUUUCAAGUGAAAUAGAGGCAGUAGUACCUAGAAAAACAGAUAAGAUCAAGAUCAUGGGCGGUGGGUAUCGUGGCGCCACGGGCAAGUUGAUUGGUAUAGAUGGCACUGACGGAAUUGUAAAAGUGGACGAUACUCUUGAUGUUAAGAUAUUAGACAUGGUUAUACUUGCUAAACUGGCUCAACCAUGCUUUUUGUGAAUAUUAAUAAAUAAAAUUACAUGUGUAUAGUCAAUUUUAGUUCUAAUUUGAAGAAUUUUGUUUUAGUUGUAGUACAGUUGCAAAAAUUGAGGAACAUGAAUUUUUUGCCA